GACAAGAACAUGCGCGGUUGAAUGAUGGCCGGUGGGAGGAAAGCAUAGCGCAUGCGCUUUGCGGCAAGUGGCUGACGGGAGCCGGUGGCUGCGGCGGGACGGUUGAGUUGGGCGCACCGCUCCACUGGCAGAAGUAAAUAUGAGGCGAUCAGCAGCUCCAAGUCAACGUCUAGGGAAUUCAGCUAAAAAGCCAAGGUUUAUACCCCCAGGAAAAAAUAACACCAUCUGUCUGAAGAAAGAAAAUGAACAGCUGGUCCCAGAAAUUAAGUUGACUGAGGUAGAAGAGAAACAGCAGAGCGGCUCUGGGCAUACAAGAGCUCUUUCUAGAAUAUGUGGAAUAAAUAUAAAUUCUACACAGGCUGUGGAAUCUCUUGGAGAAAUAAGCUCCAUGGAAAAGUGUAAUGGAGAAAAUGAGUGUAAGGCUGCUGGAAUGAAAAAAGUAAAUAGAACUAAAGCAGACCCAGUGCAUGUACGAACACCAGAAAUAGCAAGACACAAGAAAGAGGAAGACGAACCUGACUGCCUUGCAAAAUACUUCAGUGUUGUGUGGUGUAAAGCUUCAAAGAAAAAACACAAGAAGUGGGAAGGUGAUGCUGUUCUUAUUGCAAAAGGAAAGUCUGUGAUACUGAAAGAUAUGGAAGGCAAAGACAUUGGAAGAGGUACUGGAUAUAAAUCUAAAGACCUUGAAAGUCUUGAUGAAGGUCAGACGCUGACGAUUGGAGGAAAAGAAAUUGAAGUGAUGGGUAUAAUUUCAGCAGAGGACUUUAGUAGUGGCAAAUGUUUUCAGACUGGUGUUGGGAUGUCCACCACAGUCCCAAUUGCUUCUUCACAAAGUACCCUAAAACCAUUCUGUAGCCCAUUCAAAAAUGUCUGCAAGCCAAGCACUAAAGAAAAUCUACUUAAGGAGUCCCAGAACUACAAACCUCGCCAUGAUCCAAAUGCAUCAAAUUCUUUAGUUAUGCCACGUCCAACUCCAGAUCACCAGCGGAUGUUCAAUAAGGCUGGUUUACCUGUGGUGGAUGUAGUUGUGGAUCCUUACCUUGUAAAUCAUCUUCGCUCACAUCAGAAAGAAGGAAUUGUAUUCCUGUACGAGUGUGCGAUGGGAAUGAGACUAAGUGGCAGAUUUGGAGCUAUUCUUGCUGAUGAAAUGGGCUUAGGAAAAACAUUUCAAUGCAUUUCGCUUGUCUGGACUCUCCUGCGUCAGGGGCUGUAUGGAUGCAAACCUAUAAUAAAGCGGGCACUGAUUGUCACCCCUGGGAGUCUGGUGAAGAACUGGAAAAAAGAAUUUCAGAAAUGGCUGGGAAGUGAAAGGAUCAAAGUAUUUACAGUUGAUCAGGAUAACAAAGUAGAAGAGUUCAUCAAUUCCCCACUUCAUUCAGUUCUGAUAAUCAGUUAUGAGAUGUUGCUGCGCACCUUGGACCUAAUUCAGACUAUAGAAUUUAACCUCCUAAUCUGCGAUGAGGGGCAUCGUUUGAAAAACAGCUCCAUUAAGACAACCACAGCCCUCGUCAGUCUGUCCUGUGACAGAAGAAUUAUCCUGACUGGCACUCCAAUUCAAAAUGACCUGCAAGAAUUUUACGCAUUAAUAGAGUUUGUAAAUCCAGGAAUACUUGGUUCUUUGUCCACAUACAGAAAAAUAUAUGAGGAGCCUAUUAUUCAGUCCCGAGAGCCUUCAGCAACAAAGGAAGAAAAGGAGUUAGGAGAGAAAAGAGCAGCAGAACUCACUCGCCUAACUGGACUGUUUAUUCUUAGAAGAACACAAGAGAUCAUAAACAAAUUUCUCCCACCGAAAAAGGAGAGCAUACUUUUCUGCCGACCAACAGCCUUGCAGCUUGAACUCUAUAGAAAACUGCUUAGUUCUCGAGUCAUUAGAUCCUGCCUACAAGGAGUACUAGAAAACUGUCCUCAUCUGAUAUGUAUAGGAGCUUUGAAAAAACUCUGCAACCAUCCCUGUCUUCUGUUUAAUGCCAUAAAGGAAAAACAAUGUAAUCCAACUUGUGAUGAAUCUGAGGAAUCCAAUCUUUAUGAAGGUUUAAGAGAGAUUUUCCCACAAGAUUAUACCUCCACCACUUUCACUGAAACUGAUUCAGGAAAAUUACAGGUCCUGGCAAAGCUGUUGGCAGCAAUCCGUGAACUCAGCCCUUCUGAAAGAAUUGUGUUGGUAUCUAAUUAUACACAGACAUUGAAUAUUUUGCAAGAGAUGUGCAAACAUUACGGAUACUCUUAUACAAGACUUGAUGGACACACUCCUAUCUCACAGAGGCAACAGAUUGUGGAUAGUUUUAAUAAUAAAUUCUGUUCAGCAUUUAUCUUUUUGCUGAGUUCGAAGGCUGGCGGUGUAGGUCUGAACCUUGUUGGAGCAUCUCAUUUAAUUCUAUAUGAUAUUGACUGGAAUCCAGCCACAGAUAUUCAGGCAAUGGCCAGGGUAUGGAGAGAUGGUCAGAAACACACUGUGCAUAUUUACAGACUGCUAACUACAGGCUCAAUAGAAGAAAAGAUCUAUCAGAGACAGAUCAGCAAGCAGGGACUUUCUGGGGCAGUCGUAGACCUUUCCAAGACAUCUGAACACAUCCGUUUUUCCAUUGAGGAACUUAAAAAUCUCUUUAUACUACAUGAAGAUUCCAGUUGUGUUACCCAUGACCUGCUUGAGUGCAACUGUAUGGGAAAGAAAGACCAUCAAAAUCCACAGGACCCUUUCAUCAGCUGAUGAUGAGAAAAGAUUCAUUCCUUGAACUAAUGACCUCUACUUUUAACAGCCUCUUAAAUCCUUAAACAAAUCAAGGCAAAUUGGACUAGUGACAAUGGUUAUGAUCAGGCAACAUUAUUUAUGAAACUCAGACAAAGAAAGUGUCAAAAGCAAGAAUGAUUAGAUGAUACAAACAAGGGACUAGAUUAUCAAUUGGUGUAAAUCACUGUAGCACUGUUGAUUUGACUGGGACUGUACCAGCUUACAUCAGUUGAGGAUCUGGCCAAAGGUGUAAUAGUGCCCAAAAUACAGACAACCAUUUGUGGCAAGGUUACUAUCUAAAAUUGGAAGAGAGUGAUUAGAACAGUCAGCAGAAGGGUGCAAAACAGAUCCCUAGCUUCUGCCUGCCCUAUGCCAAAGAUAAAAGUAGUUCCACUUCCACUAGUAUUCCUAAUACCUCCCUUUCCACUCUUUCUGUGUGGUGUGGUGUUUAAUUUUUUUUUGUUGCAUAUAGUUGAUUUAAAUUAGGGUUAGGAUUUUUUGUUUUCAUAUGUUUUUUUAAAUGUCUUAAUCUUGUUUUCAUUAAGAUAGCUCUCCACAAGUCAAACCUUUAUGACAGAUCUAGCAUCUAAGAAAUAGGGCAUCGAUUGCCCCAAUAAGUUCCCUUCUUCUGAUGGGCAUGAGAUGCUCAUCUAUAAUAGCACUACUAGUGUAACAAUGGUGCAAAUGCUGAUCUCUUCUAAAUAGACACUCUCUGCUAUCAUAGUAAUGAGACCCAAAGAAAUAUCUACAACAUUUUAAAAUUGCAUUUUUACAGCACUAAGUAAAAAUGCAGUUGGUGAGAAUUAUUCUUCUAAAAUCCUCCUAAGCCUGCCAUCUAAGUACAUGUCUUCUUACCAGCAGAUGCAAACAGGAAAUUAAGCAAUAAAAAAAGGGGUUGACCCUGUUUGGUUGUUUACAUGUUUCCAGCAGAUAGACUAGAGUUUUGCUCAUUUUGCUUCUCCUCCCCUUCUCACCUCAAGUUUGGCAGGGUUUGUAUAGUUAAGGUAGGGUGCUUUUAUAGUGAAGAGUUUUUUUUGUUUUUCACUUUACUUUUGGUUAAAGUACUCUGACAAGCAAUCUACUGAUUUCAUUGUCUUUGUGUUCUUUUCAUGGCUGAAAAGCUGGGGCUUCAGUUCUUGGGGGGAAAUGGAGCUCAUGUGAGCUGGUAAAAUAAACCUAGUGGAUCCAGCUCUAUGUUUUCUGUGGGCACUCGCGCAGGGCCUGUUUUUUUACCUAGUGUCCUGAUAGUGACUUGAUCAAGAUCUACAGUUACAGGAGUAUUAUAGACAUCCCAGAGGGAA